GUGAUUACGUUAUGGACUUGGUAGGACCAAUCAUUCACAUUGUGAAGUUUGUUGGUAGUCCAAUUGUGAGAUACCUAAAAUAUCAAAUAAAAUUCAACAAUCAUUUGAAACAAUUCAAUGUGAGCAAAGAAGGAUUGAGCAAUCGAAAACGUGACAUUGAAUCAAGAUUGAACACAGAGCUUCACAAUGGGAAAGUUGCAAAGGAGGAAGUGCAAUCAUGGUUGAAUGAUGUGGAAAAGUUUCUUGCAAGACAAGAGGUUGAAAAUGAAGUGAACAGUCGAGGAUGUCUCUCAUGUUGUUGUCGAGUAAAGAUUCUAGAGGAAAGAGCUCAAGAAGCAAAGGAAAUCUAUGACAAAGGGGGUAGUUUCACUAACGAGUGUUUGGUCAAAGAUGAUCCAUUCGUUUCAGCAGUGGAAUUGCCAAUAGAAGAACUACAAGGCAGUGGAGAUGUCAAAGCAGAAAUUUUGAUGAGCUUGAUGGGAGAUGAAGUGAUAAAGCUUGGAGUUUGGGGAAUGGGGGGAGUUGGAAAAACAACAAUCAUGAUGCAUGUCCAUAAUGAGUUGUUGAACAAAGCCAAAUUCAAGAAAGUAAUUUGGGUAACUGUGUCACAAACCUUUGAUAUCUACAAAUUACAAGAACAAAUUGCAUGCAGCUUGAAGGAAAGCCUAGAAGAGCAUCAAAAUACAACUAAUCGUGCAGCAGUGUUGUCAAAGAUGCUAGAAAAACAGAAGCCGUACUUGUUGAUUCUAGAUGAUGUGUGGAGGAGAUUCAAACUUACAGCUGUUGGAAUUCCUGAGCCAUUUGUAAGUGAUGGUUGCAAGUUGGUAUUAACUACACGGUCACAAGAAGUUGCUCGUACCAUGGACUGCAAGAUAAUUAAAGUGAAGACCCUUUCACAAAAGGAAGCUUUAAAAUUGUUUAUAGAUAAAGUUGGAGAUAUUGUUUUGUCAGAUCAAGGGUGCAUUAAAGGAACUUUAGAAUCAACUUUAAAGGGGAUUGUAGAUGAAUGUGAUGGCCUUCCCUUAGCAAUUGUUACUGUUGCUAGUAGCCUGAAGGGAAUAUCUGAGCCACGGUUGUGGAGUGCUGCAUUGAAUCAAUUGAAAGACUGCAAAAGAAAUGUAGCAGGCACAGAUGAUAAUGAUGAUGCAUUUGGGGUAUUAAAAUUUAGUUAUGAUCGUUUGAAAUCCUCACAAAUCCAACAUUGCUUUUUAUGUUGUGCAUUGUAUCCAGAGGACCACAAUAUCCCAAUAGAUGAUAUAAUUGAUUAUUGGAUUGAUGAGGGGUUGAUAGAUGAAAUGGAGACUAUACAAGCAAUGAAGGAUGAAGGCCUUGAUAGAUUGAAGAAACUUCAAGACAAUUGUUUGUUGGAAUCCAGCAAGCUUCAAUUCUGCUUAUUGCAUCAUGGAACGAGCUUCGAUAUUUUGCUAUCAAAUUUACCCUUUUUAUAAGGACUUUCAUAUUUUCUUAUCAAAUUGGUUGAUUAUUGUUAAAAAUGUAUAGUACUGCUUAAUUUACCCUUCUUUUGAGGUCUUUGAUAUUCAGUUGAUUUUCAAGUAAUGAAUUUUUUUUUUUUUUUUGUGUUUUUUAAAUUGAGGUGCGACUCUUUGCAAAUCUUUGUUAUAGCAUUCAUUUCUUACAAAUUGAAGAAUUUUCAACUAAUGCAUUUUUCUUUUUUUUCAAUUGAUCAGGAAGUAGACUCAAUCUGUCUUGUUCGGUGGGCUUCAAAGGAUGUGCUUUCUACUUUCUAGUUUCUAUCCUUGUGUGGAUUUAAGUGUGAUUGUUGUGCUUUCAAUUUCAUAUUGUGUUUGUGUGGGAGAAUAAUUGUAUUGAAAACGGGCUUCAAAGAUUGUGCUUUCUACUCAAUGUAAAUGUACUUAUAAAAUAUGUUGUCAAUCCAAUCUUUGUGAUUUAAGCCUAAGCUGGAAUUCUCACCCGGAACAAUCAAAUCAACAAUUAAUUCUCUUCUUCUGCUCUGUUAGUGUGAUAGCUUCCUGUUCAACAGAACUACAGAUGGCAAGAAUUCAAUUGUUUGAUUUUAAAGGUUCAAAGAAAUUUUGCAAGCCAAGCAUAAAGGUUGAGGACUCUUUCUCGUUUUUGUAAGCACCCUGGUUGUAAACGAGCUUGAAUUGUUUGAUUGUUUCAUGAAUGAUGUGUUUAGGCAAGCUUGAAUUCUACUUAUUGCAUCACAGAAUGAGCUUUGUUAUUUUUUUUUUAUCAAAUUUACUCUUCAUAUAAGGUCUUUGAGAGUCGUAUGCAAAUCUUGCUUAUUUAUUUCGAGCUACAAACUGUUCUUUAUAAAAUUUCAUUUUUUUG